AAUGAUGAUGUCAACAUAUUAUGCGGAUUCUGGAUAAUGAUGUCAUCUCUUUACUGUUCACCAGCAUUUCAUCUGUUUAACAAGCUGCCGUCAGUUGUGCCUGAAAGCUGCUUAUUGAUAUUUGUGGGGCUCAUCAUGGGAGGAAUCAUCUAUGGCUUAAAUGACAAGUCCCCACCAGUCAUGGACAGUGAUAUCUUUUUCCUCUAUUUACUGCCACCUAUAGUCCUUGAUGCAGGGUACUUCAUGCCCAGCCGUCCCUUUUUUGAGAACAUUGGGACUAUUCUUCUGUAUGCUGUAGUGGGAACUAUAUGGAAUGUGUUUGGGAUUGGCUUCUCACUGUAUGGGAUAUGCCAAGUGAAAUCCUUUCACCUGCAGGAUAUAUCGUUGCUCCAUAAUCUCUGGUUUAGCAGUCUGAUUGCUGCAGUGGAUCCUGUAGCAGUGUUAUCUGUGUUUGAAGAGAUACAUGUCAAUGAAAAGCUUCACAUUUUGGUUUUUGGAGAAUCGCUCCUAAAUGAUGCUGUUACAGUGGUGCUGUACAAGCUGUUUAGAUCCUUUUGCGAAAUGUCAACGAUCAAAACUGUGGAUGUGUUUGCAGGAAUUGGGAAAUUUUUUGUGGUUGGAAUAGGAGGGGUCUUGGUAGGCCUUUUAUUCGGGAUGAUUGCUGCCUUUACCACACGAUUUACCAAGAAUAUCCGUGUAAUUGAACCCCUCUUUGUCUUCCUGUACAGUUACUUAUCCUAUCUCACUGCAGAAAUGUUUCACCUCUCUGGUAUUGUGGCUAUUAUAGCUUGUGCCAUGGGCAUGAAACGUUAUGUGGAGGCGAAUAUCUCUCUAAAGUCUCACACUACAAUCAAAUACUUUAUGAAGAUGUGGAGCAGUGUUAGUGAUACCCUUAUCUUCAUCUUUCUUGGGGUCUCUACCAUUGGAGACAACCAUGAGUGGAGUUGGUCUUAUAUUUGCUUUACCGUCAUUUUCUGUCUUAUUUGGAGAGCACUAGGGGUUCUUGUAUUGACUUUCUUCGUGAACAGAUUACAUGUGAACACUGUUACCAGCAAGGAUCAGUUUAUUAUAGCAUAUGGGGGUCUUAGAGGCGCCAUCUGUUUCUCCCUGGUUUUCUUGCUCCCUGACUUCCCUAGAAAGAAGCUCUUCAUUGCAGCCACAACUGUACUUAUUCUCUUCACUGUGUUUGUACAGGGAAUGACCAUCCGUCCUCUCGUUGACUUAUUAGAUGUGAAGAGGAAAAGAGAAAGUGCGCCCACGGUAGGGGAACAGAUUCACAUCCGGUUCUUGGAUCAUUUGCUGGCUGGCAUAGAAGAUAUAUCUGGACACUGGGGACAGUAUUACUGGAAAGACAAACUGGAAUAUUUCAACAGCAAGUAUCUUCAGAAGUUCUUACUCCGAGAGUAUGACCAGCCAAAAUCAAGUAUUGUGCUGCUCUACGAAAAGCUAGAGAGGAAACAUGCCAUUGAGUUAGUAGAAGCAGGGCAGUUAAUUCAUGAGCCGUCCCAUACAUCUUUGCUCGACAGCCACAGGUCUGCCGUAAUGGUCAAAGAAUCGGACUCUCUGAAUCCAGAUGUGCUGGAAAAUAUACAGAAAAUAUUGGCAAGGAACCUAUACAAAAUAAGGAGAACAGUGCCAGCAUAUAACAGGCAUACGCUUCCUGGAGAGAGUGGGACAGAAGAGGAGGCAAAGGAGAUCCUGAUUCUCAGACACAGGAGCCUUCGAAUCCAUAUGAACAGAAGUGACUCUGAUCACUCUAGAAAGGAGAAGGAUGACUCCUAUUCUGCACAUCAUGGAUCUGACACAAAGCCUAAACUGCACCGGUCCUUAACUGUUAUGACUUAUAAUCUUCUUCCUCCUCCUCUUCCUCCCCUCAUGGAUCAGCAUACUUGGAAGACAAAUGUUCAAAAUCUCAUGGUACACAUCAUUUUAAUUGAUUUUGAUACCUCUACCAGAGUGUGUCUUAAAGGGAAAAAUAAGCAAACUCCACAAACAUGGCCAUAUGGGAUUGGAGAAGUGGUCCUUCAAGUUCGAUAUCUUUUCGAUGACAGUAACCAGUGCCAGCUGCAUCAGUAG